AUAGAAACAGCGUAGCAAAACAAAAUAUAAUUGGCUGCCAAAGUGACAAAGCAACACCGCAAACAAAAGUGUAAAAGUUUUAAAUGCAUAAUUCACAAAAUACCAGCGGCAAUAAAAGGCAGCUGCGUUUUCGUGGUGACGUCAGCGCCUCUACAAAUCGCAUAGAAGAACUGCAAAACGAAGAUAAUCAAAAACUACCAAAGGCCAAACAGCCAACUCCUCAGGAUGACGUUGGCGUUACAGCAGCUGCAGCAGCGGCAGCGGCAGCGUCCCAGCAGCGCCAACAAAAUGCAGCUGGCUCAGAGACAAGCACUUUUUACGACUUUUUCAAAGUGGAAAUGACACGCGGAUACAUGCUGGAACAUGAUGAGGAGCGCUACUCGGCACGUCGUCAGAAGAUCUACAGCUUCAUGCGCAUACCGCGCGAUCUGGAACGCUUUAUGGUCUACGGCAUUAUGCAAUGUGCCGACUCCUUUCUCUACAUACACACGUUUCUGCCAGUGCGAUUUCUGCUAGCCGUUUGGUCAUUGCUGACACGCACUGUGGCACGGAUUUUCCGUCUGCGUGGCAGCGGACAACGAUUGUUAUCACCGGCAGAAAUAUGUGAUUUGCUCAAGGGUGCCAUUUGGAUCACAGUAACGAUGAUAAUGCUGCUUGUGGACACAAAUCGCGUGUACCACAUCAUUAAAUCCCAAUCAAUAAUCAAGCUUUACAUAUUUUAUAAUAUGCUGGAAGUUGGCGAUCGAUUACUCUCUGCCUUUGGUCAGGAUACUAUAGAUGCUUUAUUUUGGACGGCCACGGAACCAAAGCACUCCAAGCGAGAGCAUUUCGGAGUUCUCACACACAUUCUCUUCACGCUCAUCUAUGUGUUCUUGCACAGUGGCCUCAUAAUGUUCCAGGCAACCUGUCUCAAUGUCGCUGUAAAUUCAAACAAUAAGGGUCUACUCACCAUUAUGAUAUCGAACAAUUUUGUGGAGCUAAAGGGUUCAGUGUUCAAGAAGUUCGACAAGAAUAAUCUCUUUCAACUAACCUGCAGCGAUGUGCGUGAACGUUUCCAUUUGUCGGUGCUGUUGUUCAUUGUCAUGAUACAGACCAUGAAGGAGUUUGACUGGAGUAUUACACAGUUCUGUGUAAUGUUGCCCGACUGUUUUGCGGUGCUUUUUACGGAGAUCCUUAUUGAUUGGGUGAAGCAUGCGUUUAUCACGAGGUUCAACGAGUUGCCGGAGAGCAUCUAUCGGGAGUACACGACAAGUCUGGCUUAUGACAUGACACAGACACGUCAGAAGCACGCUUUUUCGGAUCACUCGGAUCUGGUGGCGCGUCGCAUGGGCUUUAUACCAUUUCCUUUGGCUGUGGUGCUCAUCAAAGCCAUCUACACGGCGGUGUCCUUUCACAAUUUAGCCGCCUGGCUGCUCUUUCUGCUGGCGUACUUAUUUGCAUUGGGUCUGCGCAUUUGCCUGACUAUUUGUGCCCUGGGCAAGGCGUGCAAAUUGAUGAAGGAACAUCAGACGGAAAGGAACAGCUCCACGCCCAGCAGCAUGACCAAUGUGCCUGUGAUCGGAGCCACAGUUGGUGGUUUCUCUACUUCAAAUGUGCAGUUGCUCAAUAACAAUAAUAUCAACAGCACCGCCAGUGCAGCAUUUAAGCCCACAAUUAUCUCAACUGCUGCUCCACAGACGGAUCCAAAUAUGAACUUCUCACGCAUCACAGUCACGUCCACGCCCAAGAAGGCAGCCAGCGAACAGGAGUUGGAUGUGACGAAUUCCCUUGAAUUGGGUGCCACUGCGCUCUUUAGCAACAGCGAUGUAGAUCUAGAUGAUGUGUGCCUGAACGAGCAGGUGACCAAUAUGAAUCCAAAUGCAGGCACCCAAGAGGUCUAUCAGGAUGAGGAGCUAGCACGCAGUGAACCGGAUUUUCUGCAGCUAAGCGAUGCGGGCAGCUGCGAGAUCAACGCCAAAGCACAACAGGAGCGUUCCAAAAGGCUGACUAAGCGUACCCACAAGCGUUCCGAGUCGGAACCGUUCAUUGGCCUGCAGAGUCUUAACGAGAAGCCAUCGGUGCCUGGUGCUGCUGGAAACUCAACGUAGCCUGGUCUGGAUAUUUAUUUACUUUAUUUUGCUUGUGGCUAAUGUAAAUCGCUUGCGUCCAAUGUGGGGUUGGAAAUACUUGCUUGGGUAUUGUCCUAUAUAAUGUCUAUGUAUGUGUAUACCUAACUGAUACGGAUUUAUAUGUAUUGUUUAAUUUAGAAACUAUGAUUAUGUUCGCUUCUAUAAAGUUGUCUUAAUUACUCCAGAAUAUCCUUCCAUGUCAUGGUAGGUUUCAUUUAAAAAAA